AUGUCCAGCAUCACCGACACCAUCAAAGGCGCGCUGGAGUCCGUCGGAUACCCCAACAAGGAGGAGAAGCUCGGAAACUACGAGCACGACGCCGCUCACGGAUCGGGCGUCGUCGACCAUGAGCCUCCGUCGGGACUUUGGGACGAGAUUCACGGCGAGAGCGGCUUGCGGAACAUGAAGGCGCACGGUAACAUCGGCGGAGGCCACGAUUCAGGAUUGGGACGCAAGGCAGUUGAGCACCAGGAGCAGCUCGCCGAGCGAUCGCGUCUUGCGCGCGAGGGCAAGUUCACGCCCCAUGUCAAGCACGACAAGCUUGUGAACCAGGACGACGAGCACCGCGAGCUUGCGGCGGGCGCGGACACGCUUGCGGACUUGCCGACGACUGAGCAGGGUGGUACGGGACGGCAGGCGGAUGAGCAGAGGCUUGUCUGA